UCCUCAUUUAGGUCUCCCAGGUUCAGUAGGAGUCCCAGGGAUCCUAGGAUUUAAAGGUGACCGAGGAGACCCAGGAAAGACUACAGUUGGAUCUCCAGGCCUACCUGGGAAAGAUGGUGAUCCAGGGUUAUCCGGAGCUCCAGGGUUACCAGGUGUUUCAGAAACAAUACACACAGCAGGCGCAGUCUUUAGUGGUGAACCUGGGGUACCAGGUAUCCCUGGACCAAGGGGACCCCCAGGAAUCUUUGGCUUAAGAGGGUAUAAAGGGGAAGGUGGUGAUUGUGCCUGUGAUGGAGGAAUCACAAGAGUUGGCUUGCCAGGGGAGUCGGGCAGCCCUGGCCAACCUGGCAGACAAGGUGAUAUUGGGCCAAAAGGAUCCUUGGGAGAUCCAGGAACUGGUAUACUAGGUCCCCCUGGACCACCAGGUUUCCAAGGUCAAUCUGGUCUUCCAGGCCUUAAAGGACAAAAGGGGGAACCGUCUUCAGACUCAGGCAGAGGCCCUCGAGGAGAUCCAGGGAAUGUUGGACUCAGGGGUCCUUCAGGGAAACCUGGCACUCCUGGUAGGGAUGGCGCGCAAGGUGUCCCAGGUCCACGUGGCCUUCCGGGUGAUGAUGGCUUUGGCUUCCCAGGGGACAAAGGUUUCCCUGGAUUACCUGGCGCAAAGGGGAAGCAGGGUGAGAUUGGCCUACCUGGCAUUGGUUUUCCGGGGCCAAAUGGACGUUUUGGACUUACGGGGGAUCCAGGGAUCAGUGGAAUUCCAGGACAACCUGGACCUCCAGGGCCACCGGGAGAAACUUUGCCCUGCAUAAUCCCUGGAAUCAUUGGUCCACCUGGACUUCCUGGACCUUUAGGGUUUCCAGGUUCCAAGGGUAGCAAAGGAUUUCCUGGUUUCCCAGGGCAGCCAGGUUUAAAUGGCUUAAAAGGAGAACCGGGCAUACCCGGGUUGGCUCGAUUCCCAGGAAUGCCAGGGUUUCCUGGCCCUCCUGGAGAUCCGGGUUCAAAAGGGCGACAAGGAGUUGAUGGGGUGGAUGGACUGCCUGGUCCAGAAGGCUGUCCUGGUUUGGUUGGCCCAAAUGGAGCCCCUGGUGAUGUCUUUGGGGCUGAACCAGGGUCCCAAGGAGAACCUGGCUUACCUGGCUUACCAGGAGAUAAAGGCUUUCCUGGAGAUUUCGGCUUUCCUGGAACACCAG